AUGUGGAGUUCCCACGACCAUGGGACAGAUAUGCUAGACACGAAUGCACGUCCGCAACAAAUGGCCGAGGAGGAAGCGAACUCGGUGUUCAGCCACGACGAGGGCUCAAGUGGUGAAGACACGACAAACAAUGGCUCGGCCGGUGCACCGAGGAAGCGUAAGAGGGAGAAGCACCAAAAGACAUCAUGCGAACUAUGCAAGGCGAGGAAGGUCAAGUGCGAUCGUGCAGAGCCCGCAUGUUCUUGGUGUGCCCGUCACAACCGAACAUGCGUCUAUCUAGAAAGGCAGAAGCCGGGUAGCCGUAUCGGUUUCAGUCUCGAACUUGAAGCCAAGGUUAACAGGCUCGAUGCUCUCUUGCAGGCUCUUGGUCGUCGUGUAGAAGAUCACAUCGCCCAUGAUCACGUCGCCACAUCACAGGCUCAUUCGCCAUCCAUCAGCAAUCAGGCGCCAUCACAAAUCGAGGGAUUCCGUCCUGAUGGAAAUGCGAAUGGCGUCAGUCCGGCUCCGGGCCUUCCAAGAGGGCCACCAACCACGAAUGGGAGAACACCAGCCUUCUCGAGCCCUUUCUGGCAGGGCGGUGACGCCCAAGAGACGUUACAGAAUGGUGACCGGACUUCAGUUCAGGCUCUCUUGAACCUAUCCGCAGGCGAGUCUUUCAGCCAAGCAGGCGCAUCGCCGAGCGUCAACGGGCCUCGAAAAGAUGCACACUCAGUCCCGACUGUCUCUGAGUUCCCGCCUCACGACAUGCUGUACACGCUUGUCGACCUAUACUUCAAACACUGCAACACGUGGUGUCCGAUCUUGGACCGCAAAACGACCUUCGGUGCCUUUUUUGGUUCGACGUCCCUCAACGAAGCCGAUCGUGUGUUGUUACAUGCUAUAGUAGCAACGACACUAAGGUUCAUGAAAGACCCGCGGCUGUCGCCCGACAUGCGGUCACACUACCAUGCAGUGUCGAAACAUAGGGUGCAGAUAUAUGCGAUGGAGAACGUGAGCAUUGCCGCGUUGAGGGCUUUGGUGAUACUCUGCCUGGACGAGUUGGGAACCUCAAAUGGGCCGCGCGGUUGGAACAUGCUCGCGUUGCUCUCGCAGAAUGUGAGACAACUGGAACUCUGUGAAGAGAGCAGCGUAUAUCUCACGGCCGAGGCAGAGGAGACGCCGCACACGGGCUCGAUCCGUCGGGUGGCGAUGGGCCGACCAGAAUCUUGGAUUGAAGAUGAGGGCCGUCGACGGCUUUGCUGGAUGGUUUAUCUCCUUGAUCGAUACGCGACGAUAGCGACAACGACGUUCGACUUCAUGCUCGACGACAAAAAGAUGAAGCGCGGUUUGCCGUGUUCAUACGACCUCUUUUCGAGAAACGUUCCCGUUGAGACGAAGUCAUGGAGUCCGUCAUCCGACCAAACCGGCAGCCCGACCAUCAAUAAACCCGAAAACCUCGGCAGUUUCUCGUACCACUGCGAGAUCCUGCGUAUACUGAGCAAGGUCCACGACUUUCUCAAAACACCCAUCGACGUAACAUCGUCGUCGGAAAUGGCGGUUUGGCGGAACACAUAUAGAUCGCUGGACGGUGCGCUCGACAGCUGGUUGCAGAGCUUGCCCAGCGAGUACAGCAGAAUUUCGGCUCUGUGCCACUCAGAUCCCGCGAGCCGCGUCGCCAACUGGUUCAUGCUGCAUAGCGCAUAUGUCACGUCUGUGGUGCGUCUUCAUUCCUCGGCUGCGUACCCCACUGUGAGAUCUCACAUCUUCGUCCCAUCGCACUAUGCCAUGCAGAGGUGCUUGUCUGCCGUGCAAAGUCUCGGCGAUAUUGCGCAGGACGUCUUUGAGGCCAACGGCCUGGAUCUCUUGGGGCCGCCAUUCGCCUUUUCGUUAUGGGUAGCCGCUAGGUUGCUGCUUAUCCACGCUGCGACUGUUGGGUGUCCCGUUGAUCCCAAGAUUGACUUUUUCAUCGAAACGCUUCGCCAUGUUGGACAGUACUGGGAGGUCGCAAACAAUUACGCCAAAAUUCUUGCUCGGGUGGUACAGCGAGGGCGACAGGGCGACAUGAGCUUUACCGCGAUGAGGAAGAGUGCCCACGAUCUGGUAACCUUGACAUCCUCCACACGACGCUCUGGCAUGGAGCCGACAUCGACUCAAGUGACUUCGUUGAGCGAACUUGACAACAUUGACGUUUUCGACUUUUUCAAUUAUCCCAAGAUGUCUGAGCCGAGCUCACGGGCGACCAAUGGUCAGACGAAUUUACUACAGCCACAAGUGAUGAGCGGGUUAGGCGGCGAUUCCAUGAGGACGACCGGGGUACCAGAUCCAGAGUCGGAUUGGCUGGGCUUCAGCACUCCCUUUAACUGA